AUGGCCUUUAGUGACAGUAUAUUAGCAGUGGGUGUAUUUACCCUUGCCGAGGCGUAUUUCCUCCAACGCACUCUCUUCGCCGACAAAACCUUUCAAAGACUCUGUCUGAGCGCACUGGGAGUAAAUAUACUCUUAAAAGCUUUCUACGGCAUAAUAAUAUGGCCAUUCUUACUAAGCCCGAUACGGCAUCUACCGAAAGUCCAGGGCUCGAAUGUAGAACUCGUCUUCGACUCGCCACGAGGGACAAAGCCCCUCCACUGGAUAAAAACCGUCCCAAAUGAAGGACUCAUCCACAUGCGCGACAUUUUCAAUCAAAGCUAUGUAAUCCCGACCAGUCACCAAGCGCUGCUAGACGUGAUGAGCACAAACACGUACGAUUUUGAGAAGCCAUGGCGGAUGCGCAACUUCCUCGCGCGGAUUAUCGGCUUCGGGAUGAUUACCUCGGAAGGUACAGCGCACAAGAAGCAGCGCAAAGCCCUCACCCCCGCGUUCAAUAUUAAGAACAUCCGCUCGAUGUAUUCGCUCAUGUGGAGCAAGACGGGUCAGUUACUGGACGAGCUAGAAAAAGAAAUCAAGGUAAAACCGAUGGAUGGCACAAGUCUAGAGGACCAGGAGGGUAAGAUUGAAAUGGCCGAGUGGGCGAGUCGCCUCACGCUCGACAUAAUCGGGCCUAUAGCUAUGGGACGUGACUUUGGCUCGCUGCACAACAAGCGGAACAAGGUGGCAGACAGCUUCGCCAAGAUCCUCGAGCCGACUAAAGAGAAGAUGGCGUUCCUAGUGAUGAACUUUGCACUGCCGCAGUGGAUGGCAAAGCGUGUGCCGUGGCGGAUGAACGAUGUUCUAAGUACUGAGACAGCGUAUUUGCGCAGAACGUGCGGUGAGAUCGUGCGUGAGAAGCGAGCCACUCUUGCUGGAUCGAAGCUUUCUGCUCAGGAUCUCGAGGCUGAUAUUCUGGGAACAAUGAUGCUUGGUGGGGAUUUCUCGGAUACAGAGUUAGUGGAUCAGAUGUUGACAUUUUUGGCUGCUGGGCACGAAACCACCGCCAGUGCCUUGACCUGGGCCUGCUAUCUCCUCCAUCUCCACCCAGAAUACCAAACCCGCCUCCGGAAUGAGAUCCGCACCAAGAUCCCGUCAGGAAACAGCCCAAUAACCUACCAAGAUCUCGAAUCCCUCCCUUUACUCAACGGCGUCUGCCAAGAAGUCCUCCGUCUCUACCCAACGGUCCCAAUAACAAUUCGCGAAGCAGUCCGCAACACCGUCGUAGCAGGAAAGUAUAUUCCGAAGGGGACACGGGUGGUAUUAUGUCCGUGGGCAAUAAACCGAAGCCCACUUUUCUGGGGCGAAAAUGGGGAAGAAUUCGUGCCGGAGCGGUGGAUCGAUACGGAUAGGAACGGACAUUGUAUCCCGAAUAACAAUGGUGGGGCAUCGACAAAUUUUGCACAAAUUACCUUCCUGCAUGGGCAGAGAUCUUGUAUUGGAAAGGACUUUGCACGGGCGGAGUUACGUUGUGCUGUUGCUGGUGUUGUUGGGCGGUUUUUGUUUGAGAUGCAGGAUCCGAAGCAGGAGAUACAUGUUGCCGGGGCUGUUACUAUUAAGCCGGUUGAGGGUAUGCAUUUGAGGAUGCGGAGGGUUGAUGGAUGGUAG